AUGGCCAACAGGUAUAUCUUCCAAAUUGCUCUCCUGCUGUGUAUCACCACAGCUCUUGCUGAGAGCUACACCUUGGACCAGUCUCAACAGAAGAGCAGCAUUCUGGUGUGUCAGGAUCUCCUAAACCAGCUGAAUGGAUCUGCUACUGACUGCCUUAAGCAAAGGAUGAACAGCAAGAUCCCUGAGGAGAUUAAAAACCCUCAGCUGCUCCAGAAGGAGGACUUAGUGUUGGUCACCUAUGAGUUGUUCCAGCAGAUCUUUGGGAUCUUCAGCAGAAACUUCUCUAGGACUAGCUGGAAUGAGACGAUCGUUGAGAAACUUCUCAUGGAACUCUAUCAGCAGAAGAACCAGCUAAAGACCACCGUGGAGGAAAUAAUAAAGGAAACAAAUGACAUCUGGGGAAACAAGCACAUUCUGAAUCUGAAGAAGUACUACUUUAGCCUCAUGAGGUACCUGAAGGCUAACAAGUACAGCAGCUGUGCCUGGAUCAUCAUCAAAACGGAAAUCAUCAGGAACUUUGUAUACCUUGACAAACUUAUCAGCUACUUCUCAAACUGA